AUGAUUUUAAAACCCACCAAUGCAGUGAAUGUGGUGGAAGCAACAAAGUUGGACCAAAUGGUGUUGAAUGCGUUCACAAUACAAAUGUACUUGCAAUUAUACUUCCAAUCAUUUUUGAUGUUAAGGAAGUCACUUUUGAAUGAAUUUCUGUUAAAGGAUUUGAAAAAGAAAGGUGUUGAUAUGGUGUAUCUUGGCGCUCAAAAAGAACGCAUUUUGUGUUCAACACAAGAAAUACAUUUUGAAGGAGAAAUUGUAGUUCAAAAAGACAGUGAAUGUAAAUUCAUGAUUGGCAACGACAGAGCGUCUUUAUUGAAAAUUCAAUUCACAACACAAAAUGACGAAGAAAAGUUUGAGUUGAAUGUUGAACCUUCCAUCCCAGUAAGUAUCAAGAAAGGUCGUGCUGUUGAAUUUACAGUGACUAUUCAUCCGCUGUGUACACUUGAGAAGACUGUUGACAUCACUUGUUCGGUCUUGAACAUCAACAAAGGCAAAAUAUCAGAGAUAAAAAUCCCAGUCAAAUUUGCGUCAGAAAUGUCGACAGCACUUGACCCGGACGAGUUGAAGAAAGAGCGAAAACUUGGAGAAGGAAGUUUUGGGAUUGUGUACAAAGGAACAUAUCGAGGAAAUGUUGUUGCCAUCAAAGAGAUGAAGGAAAUGGUUGUCGCCAAAUUAGGAACUAAAGGGUUUACAAAGAAUUCGACCGUUGAGAGUUCAAGUCGAAAUUUGACAAAGAACGCAACGAAAAAUAUGACAAAAAAUAACACGACAAACAACUCUUCGAUGACAACAAGAGACAAAACAGCGGUUGAGAAACAGAUGGAUAAAAAGAUGGACGAAUUCAGAAAGGAAGUUGCGAUGUUGGCCAAGUUUGUGAGUCCAUACGUCAUACGAUUCUAUGGAGCGUGUUUCAUACCAAAUAAGAUAUGUAUGGUCACUGAAUUGGCCAAAUAUGGAAGUCUGCAAGACCUGAUGAAACAUAAAAAGUCUGACGAAGUUGUCAUGAAAAUGCGAAUCAAACUGAUGUUGGACACCGCCAAGGGAAUUCAGUAUUUACACGCAAAUAACACUCUUCACAGAGACAUCAAGUCGGACAACACACUUGUAACUUCACUUGAUUUUAACGACGAGGUCAAUGGGAAACUGACUGAUUUUGGAGCGUCGAGAAAUGUCAACAGUCUGUGUGAUAACAUGAUGUACACGAAGGGUAUUGGUACCCCAAAGUACAUGGCGCCUGAAAUUACCAACGUCGAGAAGUACACACUCUCAGCAGAUGUGUAUUCGUUUGCAAUUACCGUUCUGGAGUGUUUGACAUGGAAAGACCCGUUCGAUGAAAAGCUAUUUCCAUACAGUUGGGAUAUCACAAAUUUGAUUUCCAGAGGAGAACGACCAACAAUUGAAUUGGGAGAUGGAGAACAGAAAGCUUUAAUUGAAAAAAUGUGGAAGCAAGACCCCAGAGAAAGACCUGAUAUGGAUAGAAUUGUUGAGAGACUCGACAAUAUAUACCAAGUGGAAAAUUAA